AUGAGUGGACCCAAAAUCUUGGACAGACUUUCUGCACUCGAUACCAACACCGUAUCUGAUGCCCUAGACUUCCUCGGUCUCAAAGGUGCCACAUAUGGCCUCCUCCCACUCUGGGACUGCCCAAAGAUUGUUGGACGCGCCAGCACAGUCAAAGUGGGCCCGAAGACAGAUGAGGCUCCUACAACCCAUCUCUUGACCCCCGUUAUAGAUGCUGUCACAACAGACGAUCGCAUUCUCGUUAUCUCUGGGGGUCUAGAGGGAAUUUCGUGUUGGGGCGAUAUCAUUGCCAACGCAUCGAAAGUCAAGGGCAUCCGUGGAACCAUCAUUGAUGGCAUGAGUCGGGAUAUCGAUGGCAGUCGUGACGCCGAAUACCCCGUGUACGGCCUUGGUGUGACCAUGAUCAGCGCACGCAAUCGACUGGUACAAGUUGAUUCGGGCACACCCCUGAAAGUACGAGGCGUCACGGUCCACCAAGAUGACUAUGUGAUCGCGGAUCGAUGCGGGACUGUCUUUGCCCCGUCCGCACGCAUUGAGGAGAUUCUGGACUUAGCUGAGAGGAUAGACCGUCGGCAGAACGGUAUGGUUGAAGCCGUUCGAGCUGGCCGACCCGUUUCUGAGGUCAUGCACGAUAGCCAGUUCGAGGCUAUUAACGUUAACAAGUCAUCGCACAAAGUGAAGGCGGCCCAAGCUGUUAAACAAGGCCCAAGGGAUCCUAGUGCUGAGGAUCAAGAGUUGGUCGUCUUGUUUGCUGGCUCAGACACCCCUGCCGUCUCUGAUGCACUUGACAAACUUGGUAUCCCUGGACAGGCGCUCGGUAUCAUGCCUUUGACUGAUUACAAAAAGGUCACUGUCGGACCAGCCUUCACAGUCCGCUACGUGCCAGCCAGUGAUCCACCAGGAAGUGUUGGCGACUUCAUUGACGAUGUGGCCAUUGGCGAUGUAGUCGUCAUCGACAAUGGUGGUCGCACUGACUGUACAGUCUGGGGCGAUAUCAUGACACAGUACGCCGGCCUCCGAGGCAUCGCAGGUUCUGUUAUUGAUGGUGUCUGUCGCGAUGUGAACCGUGCUCUUGAGGAUGAUUACCCUCUCUUCACGGCUGGACGCUGGAUGCGAACGGGCAAGGACCGGGUUCAAGUCGGAGGUGUUAAUGAGUCAAUUGGUAUUGGGAAGGUCCGGGUCAACUCUCGCGAUAUUGUGGUUGCCGAUGCGAACGGUGUGGUUAUUGUUCCGCGAGCUCGGGCUCGCGAAGUAGCUAAAAUUGCACGACAGAUUGAGGAGAGCGAAGUUGGUAUCCGCGAAAUGAUUGCUGCGGGAGCCACGAUCGCGGAGGCGAGAGCGAAGUCCGGUUACCAUACGCUACAGCGGAAGGGAUAG